AUGGAGAAGUGUACAGAAUUGGUUUGCAUGCCCAAAAUUAGUGGCGUGGAAGAGAUGUUACCUUGUUCUUUGGGGGAUACGGGCCGAAGUAGUGUAGAUUUGGUCGGCGGUGGUGCAGAUCUGGACGAGGGAUGGUCCUUCCUGUUGGUUACAAUUUUCAGGGUCUAUGAUCAAAUGCCUGAGCCAAGGUGGGUCAUCUCUAUGGGAAACUGUGCAAAUGGUGGUAGAUAUUACCAUUACUUGUACUCUGUUGUUCCUGGUUAUGACAGGAUUGUCCCAGUUGACAUUUAUGUUCCAGAUUGCCUGCCUAUUGCAGAGGCCUUGCGUUUUGGAAUCUUCCAACUGCAAAAGAAGAUCAACAAGCACAAAGUUUACCUUCAUUGGUGGACUAAAUGA